CCCAAAUCGGUCUUGUAGAACCAAAACCAUCAAAUCCAUAUCCAAUAUCAAUACGCCUACGCCUCUUCGUUCUUCUUCUUCAUUUUUUCUGGCGGCCGUCUCCGGUUCAGCUCCGGUGGAAAUUAUUCGUUCACAAUUCAAAUCAGCAUGCCAUCGUCUUCCUCCAAUUCAUCGUCGCCGGAGAAUAACCACCUUGAUGCUCUGUUAUGCUCUGUUCGUCCUUUCCUUCGCGGUGAACUUGAAAAGGUAAACACGAACCUUCCCUCUCUCAUCUCUGUCCUCCGUUCCGUCGGUGCCGGCGAGUGUUGGCACAAGCACGGCACCUUCCUCGAUCACCUUGUUGAUAUCUACCGAAUUCUCAAAAUCUGGAAAGCUCAAGAGCCGGUUUGUUUGUGCGGCCUCUUCCACUCUGCGUAUUCCAAUUCCUACGUCAAUCUUGCUAUUUUCGAUCCAUCUACCGGCCGCGAUAUUGUUCGUGGCCAUGUCGGUGAGGCGGCGGAGAGAUUGAUUCAUCUGUUUUGUAUCGUUCCUCGGCAGCAUCUAAUUCAUGACGAUCUUCUUUUCCGCUACUCCGAUUCGGAACUCGUCGAUCACCUCAAAGUUUCCGAGGCAUCGCUGAAGAACGCCGUGGAAAACGGACAUUUCAACGACGAUGAAACCUGGAGAAAGAAACUGCAGUCGAUUCUUCCAGCCGAUGGCAUAACCGUGAAGCACAUCAAAACCGGAGAAGACGUGAUGGUUUCGAGGCGAGUGGUUGCGAUUUUCCUCAUGAUGACAAUAGCCGAUUUCAGCGAUCAACUCUUCGGAUUCCAAGAUUUGUUGUUCGAAAACUCCAACGGACGUCUCGAAUUCACAGGUAAUAAUUACACAUCUCUGUGGCCUGGAAACGGCAAGCCUGGACUAUGGAUGAACUCCUCAUCAAGAAUGGGAGCGAUCUACUCCUUAAUUGCGAGAGAGGAAGCCAUUUUAAUCGCACAGAGAAAGCGAAAGGGCGAAUUGGGGCUCAAAACAGAAAGAGACGAGGAUUUAGACCUAGUAAUUCCCCCAAUUUUCAGUAACUGCACAAGAAUUCUCGACGCAGAUGAUCAAAUCACAGCAAGGGAUUCAUACUGGGAAGGUAUUUGCAAAACAUCUGAAAGAACUGAGGAAUUGCUGUUGAGAUGUGUGGAGAAGAAUCCGUUUGUUGGUGAGCCGCAUGUGGCGUUGGCGCAGCUGUAUUUGGGGAAAGGGCGGUUUGAGGAGGCUGAAAAGGAGGCCGAGGAAGGGGUGAGGCUGAUGCUUGAAUGGGGCAGCGCUUGGGACAAGAGGAUGCCAUGGGAUGGCUGGAUUGCUUGGGGAAGAGUGCUGUUGAUGAAAGCCAAAGAGAGGACAUGGACGAACACAUCAUGGGGAAUCCUCAACUUGGGGCUUGUAAGGUAAGAGAAAUUAAAUCUUCACUAUGUUUUGGUAUUAAUUAGUCAUAUCAAUUGUGUUCAUAAAUAGAGUUUUGUGAAGAACAUUCCAUGGCUGUGUUGCUUGCAUCUCAUGUUGAUAUAAAUAAAACUUGGGUGUUGUUUGAUCAUA